GUUGAAGUCUUAAAAAGGCGACACGUUUCGGGACAAAGCUGAGGGGAAAUCUUCGCGACGACUGUGAGAGUUUGUUUCGCGAACAUUCUCUGAGUUUCUCUCGACGCGACGGCGAUUGCGAAUGUCUUCUCCUUCUGAUUCUCGUCUCUCUGUGUCUCCGGGAUAAGUAAUCGAAGAUGAAUAUGAUUCAGCGAUUCAUGCAAUCUAUGGCAAAGACGCGUGGCCUCUGUCAUCCAGAUUGCGUAAAAGCAAGUAGUGAGCAAGAAGAUUACGAUGCGUCUCAGCUCAGUAUUUGGUGGAUAAUGCUGGGAAGGAAGACGACCAGGGAGAAAUGGAUGAACCAAGCUCUCAGUUCACUAUCGAAAACUUGCAUCAGUAUAUGGUGGAAAAUGUCUGGAAUAAGAGGUAAGAUGUGCAGGGAGAGGGAGCAACCACUCACUGUCAAAGACUGCCUUGAAUGUGCUUUCAAGAAAGGGCUACCGAGAAGAGAACAUUGGGCACAUGUGGGAUGUACAUUCAAGGCUCCCCCAUUUGCUUGUCACAUACCCCGCGUGCCCAUGAAAGGAGAAGUGAUUGAGACUAAGAGUUUGGAUGAAGCGUUUAAGCUGUUGAUUAAACAACCGGUGGGUGCAAGACUCCAUGUGUUCAGUCCAGACCUUGAUAAUGUUGGAGAGGUAAAGUGUUGUGAGAUAAAUUUCGAAAUUUUCAAAGAUCAAUGACAAAGUUUUGAUCUAAUCUUAUUCAACCUUUUUUUUUUGUGUGGUAGGGAGUUUACGAGGGCCUGUCUAGCCUGUCUCGUAAGGAAUCACGCUAUGUUGGACUUAGGGAUGUCAUCAUAGUUGCAGUGAAUAAGUCCGAGGGAAAAACUGUUGCUACUGUGAAGAUAUGUUACAAGAAGAAGACUUCAUUUGUCAAAGUGUGUUUGAGCCGUAUGUUUGUCCAGCUUGGUGGUGGCGAGGAGUCUCAGGUGAAAGAGCCAACAGGUCUGCUUGUUGACUUCUGUAUCCCACGCUUAUCUAUCAACUAAACAAGAGCUGAGAUCUUGGAAAGUAUCUCCUAGUUGUGGAACCUCUCUAUGUUGGUCUCAUUUUAAGAAUGUUUUAUCAGACUUAUUUUCUGUUUUAUGUAUUUUGAAAACCGUAUGCUUGUUGUGAAACUCUGUUUGUGGUCUCAAGUUAAGUUUGUUUUAUGAGACUUUAAUCUGUGUCAAGAAUUGAGAUGUUGAUCGCUACUUCUUGGAUAAAUUAUAUCUAUAAAAUUUAAGAAUUGCAUUUGAUGG